UAAACCGGAUCUGCACGCCUCUGCUCUCACAAUGCUCAUUUGUUUUCACAGUGCAGCAAAACAAAAUGCCUUAGAAAAAGUAACAUUCUAGAAAAUAGUAUGAUUUUUCUUCCCAAAUUGCCUCAUCUGUGGAGGAUUCUUGCACUGAAACACCACAUCAAAGGUAAGAUGGACAUGAGUGUGUGUGUUGGGUUGGUUUUCUAAGACGUCUUAGAUGACCAGCAUCUUUCUCCCCGUCUAGCCUGCUCACCAGAUGGCCACUCCACACAGCCUGCCAGCUCAUUCUCCUUUCCAGCAAGAAACAGCCUGCCUUCCACCUGACGGGGAAACAAUGAGUGCUGUACCCCUUCCUCGGAACAGUUACAUUUUCUUUUUCCUCUCUCUAUAUAUACAUAUUUAUUUUACUGAAUCAUUUAUGAGAAAGUAGCAUAGUGAUAUUUCACUCUUGAAUACUUUAGCAUGCAUCGCAUAAGAACAAGAACAUUCUCAUGCAGAACCACAAGACCACCACCAUCAUACCCAAGAGAUUUAUUCUUGGUAUGGUAUCCUCUAUUAAUACAGUGCAUAUUUCAAUUCGCAAUUGUCCUUUAUAAUUUUUUUUUCUCAUCCAGGAUCCAUCAUUCAAGUAAGAGGUAUUGCACUUUCUUGUCAUUUCUAUUUAGCUCUUAGAAUAUUUACAUUUAAUAUGUGCCUAAAGGGGAUCCCUCAAAUCAAGGCUCUCCCUCCCUUUCUAUUUCUUUAAAAUCAAGAGCUCACUCAGAGGCCAGGAGGAUGAUGCAUAGCUUUCCCAAGGAAUUGGCUUACAGACCUGGGGGAAAGGACACUGAGCACAGUUCUAGGAGUGGCCACCCCACAAAAAUAGAGGUCCAGCUUUGCAGCUAACCAAGUCCUUAGUUACAUCAGGCAAACUUCAUAUGCAAUGGGGUUGGAGGGAUGGUAAUUACAAUACCAGUGGUUUUAUACCACAGAGAAAACUAAAGUUUAAAAACUAGUUUGUCAACUGAAUCAACUAUGUCUUGGAUUUGUCACAGGGAUAUUCUGCACUUAAAACAGAGGGAGCAUCAUGCUAAAGAUGAAGGGGAAGACCCAACCUUACACUAAAAUCCUGGAUGGAGGAUGGGGAUGGAUGAUUGUGUUUCAUUUUUUCCUGGUAAAUGUGUUUGUGAUGGGGAUGACCAAGACUUUUGCGAUUUUUUUUGUGGUCUUUCAAGAAGAGUUUGAAGGCACCUCAGAGCAAACUGGUUGGAUUGGAUCCAUCAUGUCAUCACUUCGCUUUUCUGCAGGUCCCCUGGUUGCCAUUGUUUGUCACAUACUUGGUGAGAAAACUACCUCCAUUCUUGGGACUUUCCUUGUUACCGGUGGAUAUCUGAUCAGCAGCUGGGCUACAAGCAUUCCCUUUCUUUGUGUGACUAUGGGACUUUUGCCUGGUUUGGGUUCUGCUUUCUUGUACCAAGCAGCUGCUGUAGUAACCACCAAAUAUUUCAAAAAACGACUGGCUCUUUCUACAGCUAUUGCCCGUUCUGGGAUGGGACUGACAUUUCUAUUGGCACCCUUUACAAAAUUCCUGAUAGAUCUGUACGACUGGACAGGUGCCCUGAUAUUAUUUGGAGCUAUCACAUUGAAUCUGGUACCUUCUAGUAUGCUCUUAAGACCCAUCCAUAUCAAAAGUGAGAAUAAUUCUGACAUUAAAGAUAAAGGUGGCAGUUUGUCUGCAAGUGAUCCAGAGGCACUAUGUGGGACAGAAACAACACACUGCAAUGAGACACAAGAAUCUACCAUCAAAGAUAGUACUAUGCAGAAGGCUGGGCAACCUGGUACAAGCUUAAUGGCCUCACAAAAUCAAAGUGAAGAGUUGAACAAUGGGCCUAACAGAAAAAGACUGUUAUUAAUAAGUAAUGAAGAAAGUUAUGAGAAAAAUGCUAUUUUGUGGAGCUGCAAACAAAAACUCUUUGAUAUUUCUCUCUUUAGGAAUCCUUUCUUCUACAUAUUUACCUGGUCUUUUCUUUUAAGUCAGUUAGCAUAUUUUAUUCCUACCUUUCACCUGGUAGCCAGAGCCAAAACACUGGACAUUGACAUCAUGGAUGCCUCUUACCUUGUUUCUGUAGCUGGUAUCACUGAGACAGUCAGUCAGAUUAUUUCUGGAUGGGUUGCUGAUCAAAACUGGAUCAAGAAGUACCAUUACCACAAGUCUUACCUCAUCCUCUGUGGCAUCACUAACCUGCUUGCUCCUUUAGCCACCACAUUCCCACUACUUAUGACCUAUACCAUCUUCUUUGCCAUUUUUGCUGGUGGUUACCUGGCACUGAUACUUCCUGUACUGGUUGAUCUGUCUAUGAAUUCUACAGUACAUAGGUUUUUGGGACUAGCUGGUUUCUUUGCUGGGAUGGCUAUCCUUGCUGGACCACCUAUAGCAGCUGUCCCCAUGGUGGCUUGGCACUUUUCAAGCCUAUUAGGCCAAAAGUACAAGGAAGUAACAAAUAUCAGGUACAGAAUACCUUAUUCAAAUGAUAAAGGCAAGUAAUACAAGUAUAACAUGUUUAGUGUUCUAUAUGUUUUAGUAUACUUGUUAAAAUAAAAUGUUUAUAAAGAGUUCAAUAUAUGAGAAGCCAAGGCAAGUUUUAUAAGGACCAUUACCUGAAAAGGUAAAGCUAUAGGUAUACAUAUGAUUUUGAAAUCAAUUUGUUGGGGUAUGAUAUUUUUUAUUUAUUUUUUAAUAAAAAAGGAUAGACUACAAGAGAUUAGAAAACAGAAUACAUCACUUUAUUGUGAAGCUUUUAUUUUCAUACACACACCCCUAUGUAAUGUAAAAUAUAUGAGUAUAAAAUAUUUGUCAAUUAGUCAAAAAAAAAAAUUUACAAGCCUUUAUUACCCAAAGUCCAAAACACCCUAGCAC